UUUUGUUAAAUUUUUUCAUAAUGUUAUUAUUAUUUUAAGACAAAGUUUGCGGUUUUCCUUUGGGUGCGUGGUUUGGGCUUAGGGCUUAAAGAAAACCCAAAACCCAGCCAUCAUCAUCUUCAUCCUGAGCGGCUCCAACGCCCCAUCUCCUUUCUGCUCAGCUACCAUCGCCAUCCCCAUUCCUCUUUCGCCUUCCAAAACACAAGGGGCAGUGUAGUAAUUCAACACGCUACAAUCUUGUUUCCAUUAAAUGGUCCUCAAAAUUUUGGCAUCAAUUGAUACGCAGCCAAUCUCACUUCGGCUGAUUCGCUAAUUUCCUCUGCUCUACAAAGUAAACAAGCACAGAGAGAGAGAGAGAGAGAGAGAGAGAGAGAGAGAGAGAGAGAGAGAAUGACGACUCGAAUAGCUCCAGGAGUAGGAGCAAACUUGCUGGGCCAGCACUCCGCCGAGAGAAACCAAGACGCUACUGCUUACGUCGGCAAUCUCGACCCUCAGGUUUCUGAAGAAUUACUGUGGGAGCUGUUUGUUCAAGCUGGCCCUGUUGUGAAUGUGUAUGUUCCCAAAGAUAGAGUGACAAACCUUCAUCAAGGAUAUGGAUUUGUUGAAUUCCGUAGCGAAGAGGACGCUGAUUAUGCUAUCAAGGUGCUUAAUAUGAUCAAACUUUACGGGAAGCCAAUACGUGUAAAUAAGGCAUCCCAAGAUAAAAAGAGCUUGGAUGUAGGGGCAAACCUUUUCGUUGGAAAUCUUGAUGUUGAUGUGGAUGAGAAACUCCUCUAUGAUACAUUCAGUGCAUUUGGAGUCAUAGUUACAAAUCCUAAGAUAAUGAGAGACCCCGAAACCGGAAAUUCCCGUGGAUUUGGCUUCAUUAGCUAUGAUUCCUUUGAGGCAUCUGAUGCAGCUAUUGAGGCAAUGAAUGGCCAGUAUCUAUGCAAUCGUCAAAUAACAGUGUCAUAUGCAUAUAAGAAGGACACUAAAGGGGAGCGUCAUGGUACUCCAGCAGAGAGAGUUUUGGCUGCAAGCAAUCCUACUUCAAAGAGCAGGCCUCAUACACUGUUCGCUAGUGGCCCCCCAACACUUGCCAAUGGUCCUCAGUCCAAUGGUACCAUGGGUGCUCCAGUGCCUCCACGACCUUUUGCAAAUGGUGGUGUUGGUCUUCCUCCACUUCGCCCACCACCUCCUCAAGGUAUGGCGUUCCCACCCAUGCAGAUGGGUGUACAACCAACCUGGCAGGGUCAGCCACAGCAACCAGGUCAAAUGCCUCCACCGCAAAUGCAACAGUUCAGACCUCCUCCUCCAAACAUGCCACAACCCCCUCCACAGGGUGCUCCGGCUCCUCCAAGGUCUCUUCCACCACCUAUGGCCAUGGGAAACCAACAACCUAUGUGGCGACCACCCCCACCUCAAAUGAGGCCCCCGAAUAUGCAACACGCAUCAAUGCCCCCCCCUCCCCCCCUCAAUAACCCUCCACUACCGCCCCCUAUGAGUUGACUGAAAUGAAUUAGUUUGUAAACUCGUUAGAAUGAUUUGGAUGUUUCUUGUAUCAUUUUGUUGCUUGUUAUAGAAUCAGUAAUUUUUACGUUUUAGCGCAACAAACAUGUUGAGGUGAUUACUGAUUAUUAGAGGCGGCUUCUUCCUAUGUUCACAUCAAAUAGCAAGCUCCUUAUUGUGAACAAAUUACCAUUGUUUUAUGCUAGUCCUUCCAUAAGAUCUUUUUGCUGUA